AUGAGGGAGAUUCUGUGUUUGAGCCUCACCCUCUGCCUGAUGGUGCAGACAGCCCUGGGUGACUUGCACAUCAAGAAACCUCUAGUAACUACCAAAUAUGGGACCCUCCGUGGAAAAAAGAUACACGUGGGGAAGACUCCCAUCCAUGCUUUCCUGGGAGUCCCCUUUUCCAGACCUCCUCUUGGUGCCCUCAGGUUUGCUCCCCCAGAACCCCCGGAGUCCUGGAAAGGAAUCAGAGAUGCUACCACCUACCCCCCUUCGUGCCUUCAGGAGUCCUGGGGGCAGACAGCCUCCAUGUACUUAAACACGCAGAAACAGUACAAGUGGCUGCACUUCAGUGAGGACUGUCUGUACCUGAACGUGCACGCGCCAGAGCACGCGCCUGGGGACGCUCUGCUGCCGGUGAUGGUCUGGUUCCCAGGAGGCGCCUUCCUCGUUGGCUCCGCUUCCACUUACGACGGCUCCGAGCUGGCGGCCCGCGAGAAAGUGGUGGUGGUGCUCCUGCAGCACAGGCUCGGCAUCCUGGGCUUCCUGAGCACGGGUGACAGCCACGCCCGUGGGAACUGGGCGCUCCUGGACCAAGUGGCGGCUCUGCGCUGGGUGCAAGAGAACAUCGUGGCAUUUGGGGGAGACCCAGGCUGUGUGACCAUGUUCGGCCAGUCAGCGGGUGGCAUGAGCGUCUCAGGGCUGAUAAUGUCACCCCUAGCCCGGGGUCUCUUCCAUCGGGCUAUUUCUCAGAGUGGCACUGCAACAUUCAAAAGCUUCAUCACUCCAGACCCACUGAAGGUGGCCAAGAAGAUCGCCCACCUGGCUGGCUGCAACCACAACAGCACAUGGAUCCUGGUAGACUGCCUGAGGGCGCUAUCAGGGACUGAGGUGAUGCAAGUGUCCAAGAAGAUGAGAUUCUUCCAACUGAGCACCCAGGAAGACCCUCAAGAGAUUACAUGGUUCAUGGGCCCUGUGGUGGACGGUGUGGUGUUCCCAGAUGAUCCUGUGGUGCUCCUGAAAAGGGGGCAGGUUUCACCUGUGCCCUACCUUCUGGGUGUCAACAAUCUGGAGUUCAAUUGGCUCUUGCCAUAUAUCAUGAAGUUCCCGCUAAACCGAUACAUGAUGACCAAAAAAAUCAUCACCAGGAUACUCUGGAGUUCCAGGACCCUCUUGAAUGUCACCAAGGAACAGCUACCACUUGUGAUGGAGGAAUACCUGAGUGACAUCAAUGAGCAUGAUUGGAAGAUGUUACGAAAUCGUGUAAUGGACAUAGCUGAAGACAGCACCUUUGUGUACUCCACGCUGCAGGCCGCCCGCUACCACCGAGAUGCUGGCCUCCCUGUCUACCUGUAUGAGUUUGAACACCAUGCUCCUGGCAUAAUUGUCAAACCCCGUACUGAUGGCGCAGACCAUGGGGACGAGAUUCACUUCAUCUUCGGGAAUCCCUUCUCCAAAGGCCCUUCCACAAGUGAAGAGAAAGCACUUAGCUUCCAGAUGAUGAAAUACUGGGCCAACUUUGCCCGCACAGGAAACCCCAAUGGUGGGAAGCUGCCUUGCUGGCCACGCUAUGACAAGGAUGAAAAGUACCUGCAGCUGGAUUUUAUCACAAGGGUUGGUGUGAAGCUCAAGGAGAAGAAGAUGGCCUUUUGGAUGAGACUACACCAGCCUCAAAGAACUGAGAAACAGAGGCAUUUAUGA